GCGUAUGGGAACGAAAAGGAAGUCGGCGAGGGUCUGCGUGCAUCGGGCGUUCCGCGGGAAGAAAUCACUAGCAAGCUUUGGGGUACAUACCAUAGACGUGUCGAGCAAUGCCUCGACCAAACGCUUGCCAACCUGGAACGACAUAUCUUGACCAUACCAUCAGUUUACCUUGUUCACUGGCCUAUUGCGAUGAACCCAGACGGGAAUCACCCUGUCAUGCCGAUGCGCCCAAACGGCAACCGCGACAUUGAUGAAUCCCGAGACCUCAGGGACACUUGGCAGGGUAUGGAGGCCAUGGUAAAGAAGGGUAAAGUCAAGGCAAUCGGCGCGUCAAACUUCUCCCAGAUGAUGCUUGAGAAGAUUUUACCCAUUGCUGAGGUCAUCCCGGCCGUUAAUCAGCUCGAACUUCACCUGUACAAUCCGCAGCUGGAGCUUCUCGAGUACUUGAAGUCGAAGAAAAUCGUUCCACAAGCAUACUCACCCCUUGGUUCGACCAACUCUCCAUUGUUUGCCGAUGAGUCCGCGACCGAGAUUGCGAAGAAGCGCGGUCUCAAGAGCACCUCCGAUGUCCUUCUCGGCUACCUGCUGGCAAAGGGUAUUGUUGUCCUUCCCAAAUCAUCUAACUUGACUGAGGACAUUCAGGUCCUUGACGGUGUAGCUGCGAGUGGCAAGCAGAAACGGUUCACAUCAUGCCUCCCUGGGGUGAGCGUUGGUAUUGACCUCGGUUUCGACAACUGGCCUGUUCCAACCAAGUGAGCGACAGGCUCAGUCAUUCACUAAAUCAUGAGAUUGACAGGAAGUGAAUUGGAGGGCACGAUUGUAGCAUUCGAGGUAGAGCUGUCUGCACCAGUAAAGCUGCAUGUACUCAUAGGAGAAUCUAUUACGGAAUCGACGCACUGUUAAAUGGGAACGAGUCACAGUAUGCCGCGACAGUGAGAUGACACGACUCAAGAGUCAGGAAGUGCCUCCACAUCCGCCAGC